ACACAGACUCUUUAGAGGAUCAGAGGGUCCUAAUCUGCUUCUGAGGCUUCAUCUGAGCUUUAGAGAAGAGACGCUGGGAUUUAGAUUAAACUGGCGCAACUGGAAUACAGCGAUAAUGCCAUCCCUUAAUAAGAUUCUGCUUUUCCUGUCCAGUGCGCUGGCGACUGCCAUUUCUGUUUUGGUGUUGGGGUUCAGCAUGUCAAUACAGUGGGUUGAGACGACCAUGGAUUGCACAAGCAGUGGAAGUAGCUUCUCCAACGGAUCUGCUGUGGUCACUUUGAGUCUUUUUGAUGGGACUAUGACCAGAAUCCAUUGCCCCUUUUUUGGAGGUCAGGACGAUUUUGAAGUGUUUCCUCAGUUGGCAGGAAUAGGAGGAACCCCUCUCGUGCUGCACGGUCUGGUUGUGUGCGUGUUGGUCCUGUGUCUGCUGUUUUCCGCCUGCAGCAUCCUUAUCUCCCUCUACAACAGUGUCAGCAACCCUUAUGAGACCUACAUGGGGCCUAUAGGCGUGUACGUCUGCAGCUCGCUCAGCGCGAGUUUUUCCGUCGUGGUCCUCUUAAUAUUUGCGGUGAACGUCAACAACGUGGCAGAGGAUUUGGUACAGACCUACACCGGCAAUAUUGUAGCAGACGUGAGGAACAAGUCUUCGGAGCUGUAUCUAGGAUACUACCUGGUCCUCCUUUACACGGGGCUAUCUCUCAUCGCCAUUGUGUUGAUCUACGUUUACGAACACGCAGCCUACACCCAUAGGCGGGAGCAGCAGAGGCCUACAGAGGACGCACCCAAGGAGAUAAUGAUGUAUUAGUGACCUGCAAUGGAGAAGGCUUUCAGUGACAUUGACAAAUUGCUCAUCAUAACUUCCUGGAAUAACUUAUUGUAAUGGAG